UUAAAAAAAAUCGCCAUAUAUGGUAAACAACUUCCCUUUAAAAAGCCGGUACGCUGCUCACACUACUGCUACUGUGACCUGUGGAACGUAAACGAGCUAACGCAGGGGGUGUCCGAACUUUUUUCAAAUGGGGCCUCAUCAGAAUUGGAAUGAAUGAAUGAAUAUGAUCUCAAAGUGUGUGUGUGUGUGUGUGUGUGUGUGUGUGUGUGUGUGUGUGUGUGUGAGUGUGAGUGUGUCCUGCGAUGGGGUUGGCACCCUAUCCAGGGUGUCCCCCAGCUUGUGCCCUGAGUUCCCUGCGACAGGCGACAGGCUCCCUGGGACCCUGUGUAGGAUAAGCGGUACGGAAAACUGAUGGAUGUAUGGAUGGAACUCUUCAAGCAAGGCAAGCUCAGUCACAAUGUAUAGACUUUAUUAUGAUUUAAGUCUCAGUUCGCCUAGGACCUGUCUCGCGCUUUGUUCUCAACGCCGCAGUAAGUAAUUACUCUCUGAACAAGGCUGAUGUUAUUAAGAUGGAUUAUAUCGGAUGGGAGCUUCUCAUAAUAAUCAGGUGUAAAUGAUAUUACACUAGCCCAACACUUGAGGUAGGUCUUUACAUGAGUCUUUUAUAUAUGUAUAUAUAUUUAUAUAUCUAUACACACACACACACACACACACACACACACACACACACACACACACACACACACACACACAAUGUAAUGGUUUUACUUUACAUGUCAUCUGUCUAGACUUUCUAGUGAGCACCACAGCCAGCAGUUAUGAUUAAUGUGCGAUGGGAACGCUGUUACACUUUUCUACCACUAGGGGGGGAUAAUACUGUACAUUCAGUAUUUGUUUUUUUUUUUUUUAAAUAUCCUCACAAAUACGUGACUGUUAAAUGUUGUUAAAGGUGUUCAUGUGGAUGCACUAACACUGAAUGAUGAAUCCUAAAACCUAAACUGUCCUAUUUGUUUACUAUUGACUGAAUGCCCAUCACUAACCCUGAGCAUUCUUUACCUUCAUAAACCAUAAUUGUUUUAUACGCGUUAAUAAUAAUAAUAAUAAUAAUAAUAAGAAGAAGAAGAAGAAGAAGAAGAAGAAGAAGAAGAAGAAUGGCCCACGAGAAUGCAGUGUUUAUUCUCAGUACCUCAGGUGAGACCAUUCUUCCACAUGCAUGUAGCCCCGCCCACUUCCACACUCACUCCACCUCAUUUGCAUAUGGCAUUCAAGUUGCGUCACACUUCAGCAGUGCUCGCGACAGUGAACCGUGUUGUGCAGAGCUCGGUGCAGACUCCAGGACAUACACACAGGUGUGUUUACACGGUGUUACUGUCUGUGGAGCACUUAAACAAGUUGUGUGUGGAUUUUCCGGCCUGAUAAAGUUUGUUUUUUGUCUAAUAAUAAGAAGAAGAAGAAGAAGAAGAAGAACCCAGGCUGAACUGAGAGUAACAGGAUCUGCUGAGGUGAGCACUGCUCAGGAUCUGCACUGAGAGCUCCAUCCAGACUGAGAAGAACAGGCUUGCCUUGAUCUCAGGGCUGGGGUGGAACCAUCGCUGCACAUGUCGUGUACCUUUUAGCGUUGCUGUUACCUGAGGAGGUGCGUGUGGUGGACGUGUAGAGCAGCACCGUGGAGUCGAAAGGGAGUCACGUCGCCCCUCAGACGUCGCAUGGGUGAUGUACAGACAUCAUCUACUCCAUUCGUGAGAGCAACCAUGCCUAUCCAUCCUCCUCCUCCCCCUCAUCCUCCUCCUCCUCCACCAGCACCACCUCCACCACCCCCACCAGCUGUCCUACAGCCCCAAACUGAGCCUCCGAAACUCCAGUGCAGCGAAGGAGGCCGCAGCGCACUACUCUCAGACAUUCGGAAGGGAGCCAGACUGAAAAAGGUGACGCAGGUCAAUGACCGCAGUGCUCCCGCCCUCAACAAGCCCAGAGUGCACAGUGUGGAUGGUAACAGUGGAGCAGGCGGAAGCACCGGUGCCACACCGACACAAGGACCUACUCUGAGUGGACUUUUUGCUGGAGGAUUUCCUGUCCUCCGGCCUGUUGGACAGAGAGACAAGAACCGUCCAGUGACUCGGUCCGGUUCUACUGCCAGCCUGAAGCAGCCUCUGUGGAACCUGCCAUCUCAGGGGGAGAGUUUCAGGGGUAGCACUCCAGAUCUUUCUCCUUCAUGCAGACCUUUAGAAAGGUCCUCUUCUCUAUCUAAAAGGCGUCCUGUUUCUUCCUACACGGCCCCACCUUCCCCCAGCCAACCCACUCCCCCAAGUUUUAAACCUCUAUCCUGUCCUCCCACUAUGACUCCUCCUCCUCCACCUCCAUCACUUCUUCAUCAGGAGCAUGCAAGUAACAAGCCACCUCCUCUCUCUACCUGUCCUCCUCCUCCUCCUCCUCCUCCUCAAAUCACCAAACCCACAUGGUUGCCGGUUCAAUCUCACUCCAUUCCCAUGCCCACAGUUCCGCCUCCACCCCCACCUUCCUCUCUUUCUGAUAGGUUCUACCCUCUGCCUCCUUCUCCAAAACCAGUAGAUGCUAAGUUUGGCAACUUCAGGGAUAGUCCUCCUCCUUUCCCUGCGUUUUUUACACCAAGUCUUCCUGCAUCUGUGCCCCCUCCCCCACUUCCGCCGCCACCUAAAGCUCCCGCGAUGUCCACGUACCGGCCUGCAGUUCCUCUGCUGCCUCCCUCUUACCCCUGCACGGCCCCCAGCCGGAAACCUCCUGCAGUACCUGGAAGUGCAGGUGCUGGUCGGUUGGCUCCUCCCCCUGCUCCACCGGCUCGUUCUCCUAACACCGAGUUGUCCAGCAGAAUCCCGCCCCCUCUCCCACCUCUGCCCCCGGCUCCGCCCGUCUCCAUGAGGAACGGACACCUGAACAGCUUUGAUGACUUUGAAUCCAAGUUUCAGUUCCACCCAGUGGAAGAUUUCCCUCCUCCUGAAGUGUUCAGGCCCUUUCCGCGAGCAUACCCAAGCAAAGAGAACAGAGCGUCAUCACAAGCUCCUGGCAUCACCAGGACCCACCUAAGAUGAGACGAUCGGAUCCACGUUUCUCUCGUUAUCGCCAUCUUUGCUGAUGAUGAUGAGGAGAACAAAGGCCCAGCUUUGGUCCACCUCAGGCCCUCAGGAUACACGCUCCAGUCGAACCUCAGAACCGUGCAGAAUCCUAACCUUGAACUGAAAAUGCUCACCAGACUGUGUUAUGGUAAAGAGUUGGAACUCCUUCGCUUUACUGCAGUCAGUAUACGUUCUUACAUUCAUAAAUAACUCCGCUUUACGCUUACACUUUUCCCCCCCAGACGUUACCCUUAGUCUAAUCUAGUAAUUCCAGGAGAUAAAGAGUGUAUGGGUCUUAGCUUAGUUCACGUCUGCAGUUGCAGUAUGACCUACUGACUUACUGUUAUUUCACACGACCUUAUUCACAAAGCCCAAGUUCACAUCCAAACAGAACGCUGGCUAACAAUCUACUCCACAGUGUGCUAAUGUAUGAAAUAUGAGCUCAGUAGCUUUUAUUAGACGUUCACAUGCGCUUCAUAUUCAGAUUAUACAAUCUGAUUUAUCACGGUGUUUUGUCUGUGCCACUUUAGGACAGUUUAUAUAUAUAUAUAUAUAUAUAUAUAUAUAUAUAUGUGUGUGUGUGUGUGUGUGUGUGUGUAUGUAUGUAAAUAUAAAUAUAUAUAUAUUAUAUGUGUCGAGAGAAACAGUGCCACCACCUGGACCCUGUGUGAAAUUCACAAAUCUGAGCCCUUAUUGAAUAAAUAAUAUGUAACGUCAGUAAAUCUACUGAAUCACGUGUUAUUGCACUUGCAGUAUAAUAAUAAAAUAAUAUUUAUAUGAAUAUAUUAUAGUAAGAAUAAGCAAGGA